UGCAGAGAAGCACGUUGGGUUUUUCCCCUGGCUGCUUGCAAGGAAGGAGACAAUUUAGCUUCAUGUUCCUGCUGCUUGGAUGAUAUUUGGAUAAGUUUGAGUGGGUCUUGGGGGGGGAAACACCAUGACGGGAAGGGACUUGGGAGAUGUAGCGGGGAGAAAGGUUGAUAAAUGUGGUUAGAAACCAAUUUGAGAACUGUUGAUCACAGUGGCUGAGUUGUAUGUGCUUUGGAAUAUCUGCUAUUCUGUGCCCGGUUUCCUUUCAGUCGGUCUUCUUGAUCUUUCUGCCUUUGAGAUUUCUUUGGGGGGCGUAUUUCCUUUGGAAAACAGGGCACUCUGCUUUCUCCUCAUGGACUUGCUGGCUGAGUUGAGCAGAAGUUAAAUUUCUAAUGAGAAAGGAAAACGCUCAUCCAUAGGACUCGUACACCCUGUGCCUCCAUGACCAGUUCUGAAGAUGGCUCUGUUACAGCUCCUCCUCCAGGAUCCAAAAGAUGAAGGCACACAGAGGUGCAGACUGGGCCCUGCCACUUUCUCCUCACUGGGUGCCACGCUGGGCUCCCCAAUUAAGAUUGUUCUGCCUGCUGGCAGCUGCUUGUGCACUGCCUGGCCCAGGCAUGACUUGGCUGAUGGAUACUUGCAGCUUGAUCUCAAAUGUAGAACCCGAGAGGUAAGGGCCAACCAACUAUGCAAUCUUACUGUAAGAGUUGAUGACUUGAAGCUCCUGGCAUGCCACAAGCUAAGAAAAGUGACAGUCAAAGUGGUCCUUAAAAACCGCACCCUGAAAAAAUCCAUGCCAGAAGCCGUUUUGCAGGAAGUGGUCAAAGAGCUACUAAAAAGUGCUUGUGUUUCCCUUCAUCAUGUUGUUUCGUUCACCUCCGUUCUGUGUAACCCAGUGGCGUGUGUUGAAAUAUUGUCCAUGGACCCAGCCACAGAAGAAGCUGGCUUGGUCACCUUCAAAACCACUAUAACCAUUCAAGAGGUAGUCACACUGGACUGGUAUAACCAUUUGAUAGAUGAUAGUGCAAGUAUUCUGGUGGCUGGAAUGGAAGACAUCAGCAACUCCUUGAAAGAGAUUGUUGACCUAUCUUUACGCUUUCCAAAAACCUUCCAGAAGCUAGGCCUUUCUGUCCCCAGAGGAGUGCUUUUGGUGGGGCCUCCAGGCGUGGGCAAGACUCUUCUGGUAAAAGCCAUCGCCAGGGAAGUAGGUGCGUGCUUGCUUUGCAUCAAUGGCCCUGUUAUAUACGGUUCGAGACCUGGCGAAAGUGAGGAGAACUUGCGACGAGUGUUUGAAGAAGCAAGAGAGAUGGCCAGUGAAGGACCAACAGUUCUCUUCAUUGAUGAGAUCGAUUCAUUGUGCCCUAAGCGAGGAGGUUCAAGUAACACUCCUGAAAAUCGGCUGGUGGCUCAGUUGUUAACUCUUCUAGAUGACAUUGAUAGAGAAAACAAAAUGGUGAUCAUAGCGGCGACCAACAGACCUGAUGCCCUAGACUCUGCACUGAGGCGGCCAGGAAGAAUUGACCGUGAGGUUAUCAUUGGGACGCCAACCCUGAAGCAGAGGAGAUCAAUUCUGCAGCUGAUUACUGCUAACAUGCCCACGUCGGGUGACAUUAAUUUGCUUGAGCUUGCAGAAAUAACAACUGGCUAUGUUGGGGCUGACCUUACUGCACUCUGCAGGGAGGCUGCUCUGCAGGCUGUGUUUCGCGUCCGUUCGCAUUCAAUUAACACAAUUACCAUGUCAGAUUUCUACAAAGCUGCAAAAAAGAUCCAACCCUCCUCUUUUCGAAGUGGAGUUGGGCUGACGGACUUCAAGCCUGUCUCCUGGGAUCACAUUGGUGGCCUUGAAGAUGUAAAAUUGAAAUUAAAACAGAGCAUUGAGUGGCCUAUAAAAUACCCAGAGGCUUUUGUUAGGAUGGGCCUGGCCCGUCCAAAAGGUAUCCUUUUGUAUGGACCAUCUGGCUGUGCCAAAACUACACUUGUGAAAGCAGCAGCCACAAGCUGCCACUGCUCCUUUCUGUCUGUGAGUGGAGCUGACCUCUUCUCACCUUACGUUGGUGAUUCAGAGAAGAUUUUGUCUCAGGUAUUUCGCCAAGCAAGAGCCAAUACUCCGGCAAUAGUGUUCCUGGAUGAAAUCGAUUCUAUCCUGGGAUCCCGAUCAAUCAGUAAAACCAGCCAUGGUGUCCAGGAGAGAGUUCUUUCUGUCCUUCUCAAUGAAUUGGAUGGCGUUGGGCUCAAGUUAACUGAGAGAAGAGGAAAUAAAGCAGCGCUGGAAAGCGAAGGUCAAGAACAAACUGAAAAUGAUAAAGAGCUGGAACUUCAGGAGGUUUUUAACAAAGAUGUUGUUGUCGUUGCUGCAACAAAUAGACCAGACAUGUUGGAUGAUGCGUUGUUGCGUCCUGGGCGGUUAGACAAGAUGAUAUAUGUUCCACCUCCUGAUCAGAAGGAAAAGCUUUCUGUUCUGAAGAUCUGCACAGAGAAAAUUCCAAUAGAUUCUGAUGUGUCCUUAGAGGCUAUAGCAGCUGAAGCUAAUCUCUUCUCUGGAGCUGAUCUUGAAAAUCUCUGUAAGGAGGCUGCUUUGUUGGCAUUACAAGAGAAUAGAAUUGAAGCAACAACCGUGAAACACAAACAUUUUCUAAAAUCACUAGAGACCGUAAAACCAUCAUUAACCCACAAAGAGUUGAACUUCUAUGAAAAGUUGUUUAGAAACUAGAAAUUAUCCUUGUAAUACACAUUCAUGUAACAAACUCUAGUGAUUAAUUCUAGAGGUCUGUAAAGUAAGGGGAGAACAACAAAGACGACACAAGAUGUAUCAAGGAGUUCUGUCCAGACUACAGUGGAAUUUGGAUCUGUGCUUCAGGAAGUGGUUUCUUGGUGACAUCAUGGGUGCCAGCCAAUCAGCACUAUAUACAACUGAUUUUUGCUACAGUCUAAACGGAACCAAUUUCCUUUGGUCCUGGAGUGAAGAAGACAUCUGCUCAAAACUGUGUGAAUGCAUUUCUAUAGUGGCUCCACUCUUGUUCUUAGACAUACACUCAAUAUUUCAAGAUGCAAUAACAAUUGUGCCUUAGAAUGGUUAAUCAUGGAGCAGACUAGAGGGGAGGUGAUCCUGGACAUAAUUCUGAGUGGUAGCUAGGAGCUGAUGCAAGAUAUAAGUGCAGUUAACACACUUAGGAACAAUGGCCACAGUGAUAUCAAAUUCAGGAGAUAUAUAAAUGGACAGUUGCCCAGAAAGUCCCAUCAGUCACAUUGAAUUUUCAAAGAGAAAACUUAAGAUGAAGGGGUUUGUUAAAAGGAAUUUGAAAAGCAGAGCCAAAAGACUUGUGAUGCUUAGAGGCUAUUAAAAGUGCUAUAAUUGAAGCUUAGAUAAAAUGUGUGCUACAAAUUAGGAAGGAUUCUACUGAAGCCAAGAGGAUGCCAGCGUGGCUAGCAAAGAAGCUACAAAAGGCAAGUCUUCUUAAAAGUGGAAGUCUUAGCCAAAUGUGGAAAACAUUCUGACAACACAAAUGUGAGUUGACCAAGGCAAGCAAACACAAAUGGGAAGAGCAUAUUGCUAAAAACAUUAAACAAAUACACACUUAUUUAAAUAUAGUAGAAGCAGGAAGGCAGUCGUCAGAGAAGACAGGUGUGAAAGGAUUGCUGAAGGCAGACAGGGAUAUCACACAGAAGCUACAUUAAUUCUUUGGUUGUGGAUGACCAAAUGUUGGACACAUCCUCCAUGCCUGAACUGCUUUAUUUAGGGAAGGCAUCUGAAGAACAAAACCAAAUGAAGAGAGAUCAAGUUUUAUGACCUGUCAGAUUACAAAUUAUCAGGACAUAAACCAGAGGGAGUUCAUAAUGGGUUCAAAUGUGAAAAUGUUGAUCUUCUAAUAAAGAUGCAGCCUUCUCUGAAGUUGACUUCCCCCGUAGAGGAUUGGAUGGUAGCUUAUGUGGCAUCAAUUUUUAAAAUGGGACUUCAGAACAGAUGGUCUUGUUGGCCUAACUUCUGAGCCAGUUAAUUGCUGGAUAGUAGGAUUAAAGCUAAAAUUGUUGGGUUUUUUAAGAUAGAAAACAAGCCCCAUUAAAGGAGGUUCAGCAUGACAUCUGAAAAGGGAAGUCUGGCCCCACCAGCCUUUUGGAACUUUCAGAGCUAAGAUGUGGUAAUCUGGUGUUUGUUUUUGUUUAAAUGACAAAGUCCUUCAUAAAAGUAAACCUCCUCAGUAAACCUGCAUGCCGUUCCUCUUAUGGAUCAGCAACUGGUUAAAUUACAGGAAGAGAUGAAGAGAAAAUGGAUAGUUUUUGCAUUGUAAAAUGGAAGGGUCCCCCAGUGGACUCUGUCUAGAUCAGUGUUGUUUAAAUUAUCCAUAAAUGCUUUGGAGUCAGGAUCAAGAAGUGAGGUAGCUAAAUUGGCAGAUGACAGAUUAUUCAGGAUGCUGAAAACAACCUGGUUGCUAAAAUAACCUGGUUUCCCCUGCAAACUUGGCAAAGAGGCACCUUUUAACGUGGUGAUUCUCUUUAUUUAGCAGGGGGAAAGUAACUGGCCCUGUUCACCCCCAGCACAGUACCUCCACUGACUGCUGCUGGUGUCUAUCUUGUUUUCUUUUAGAUUGUGAACCCUUUGGGUACAGGGAGCCAUCUUAUUUAUUAAUUAUCUGUGUAAACCACUCUGAGCCAUUUUUGGAAGGGUGGUAUAGAAACUGAAUAAUAAUCAAACAGACAAACAUCUGCCACACAAUACACCAGAUAUAACUGUAGUCGAGAAGAAAGAAAAACAAGUUAAAAUAAUUGACAUAGCAAUACCAGGGGAUAGCAGAAUAGAAGAAAAAGAAAUAGAAAAAAUAACAAAAUACAAUGAUCUACAAAUUGAAAUUGAAAGGCUGUGGCAGAAAAAGACCCAAAUAAUCCCGGUGGUAAUUGGCGCCCUGGGUGCAGUUCCAAAAGACCUUGAAGAGCACCUCAACACCAGAGGGACCACAGAAAUCACCAUCAGCCAAUUACAAAAAGCAACUUUACUGGGAACAGCCUAUAUUUUGCGACAAUAUCUAUAAUAACCAACAGUAUUGAUGAUAAAAUUCAGCCAUCCCAGGUCCUUGGGAAGGACUCUAUGUUUGGAUAAAACAAACCAGCCAAUAACACCUGUCUGACUGUGUAAACAAUAAUAAAAGCUCUAAACUAUGUGAAUGGGCAACAAAAUGGCAAAUGAGAUUCAAUAUAAGCAAUUUUUAAAAUCCUAGCUUUCUUUAUGUUUUUGUCCUACUUUUCAGCCAAAAAAUUGAUGUGCAGCUCACAGGAAUUAAACAAUGUGAACCAAAUUUCUGCUGUGGAGAGGUGCCUCCCUUCCCUCCCAUUUUGGUCCAAACUACAUGUCAUGUUAAAUGAAUGAUUUGUUUAAUUCCUUUAUUGUAAAUCAGAGCUAUAGGAGGGAGUGACUGGAACUACACUGGGAGAUGCAACUCUUUCCUCUCAUGAUGCAGUCCCCAAAAAAUCCCCUCAGCGCCAAAGCCCUUUGCCUCAGGACAGGGGGGUGGGGGGAAGGGUUUUUUUAAAAACACACAGCCCCAAUGCUGAUUGGAAGUUAACAAAAUAAAAAGUUAACAUUACAAUUUAAAUUUAUUUUAAUAUUUUAAAACCAUGUCAAAACUAUUAAAACAAUAUUUUGUUAAAUAUUUUAUACAAAAACAAUAUUUAAUACUGUUUUUAUAGUUUUGAUUUUAACAAUUGAUUUUAAUUGGUUUUAUUUUGAUGUAAACCUGAGCCGCCUUUUUGGGGGUGGGAGGAAGGGUGGUAUAUAAAUCAAAUAAAUAAAAAUAAUUAAAAGCCUGGGUGAACAGAGGCAUCGUUAAAAACUUUUAAAAAGUUGUCAGAGAUGGGGAGGCUCUUAUUAAUACAAGCAAGUUUUGGAUGGCCAUGCAGAAACAGGUUUCUAUCCUUUCCAUUUUCAAAUCCCAAAGUGGCCUCCAAAACAAGAUACAGUACUACAAAAUCACAAUUAGGAUAUAGAAGAUACCAUCAAAACAAGCAAACAGCAGCAGAAAAGCAGUUAAGGCUACUCACAGGUCUGCACCUGCUGUUGCCAUAGAGAACAUGGGAGUCUUUCGGCUGAUGAUGAAGAAGAAAGAACUUAUUCCUCUGGUUGCAUUUGUGAGCUUGGCCGGCUUUGGGGCUACCUUUGCUUUAUAUAAUGCCACAAAGAAAAGUGACGUGAUUUUUAACAAGACUGGCAACCCAGAACCAUGGGAAAAUGUGAAUCCUACCGAGCCUCAGAAGCUUGUGUCAAUCAACCAGAAAUGGAAGCCCAUUGAAGAGCUGGAGAAUAUCCGAAAAGUUAUGAAGUGAUCUGUUGUCAACUCCUCCAAACAACACUCUAUGAAUCUAGUGGAAUCAUUUCUGCACAAACUAGAUUAUCGAAACCAGUGUGCGGAAAUGCUUCUGCUACAUUUUUAGGGUCUCCCUCCAAGUUUUUGUACUCUGGGUGAGGACGUUGCUGUUUGCUUCCAAUGUUGCCCCACACCCAUCUGCACAGUCCAGACCUAAAGAGAUGGCUUCACUCUCAGCCACCAUGUUUGCUUUGAAGCACCACUUUUAGCACUUCAUAGACCAGCAGGAUGUAAAAGCCUUAAUCCAUCUGUGACCUUUCAAAAGAGUUGAAUUAUUUUUGUCCAAAACAGGACUGUAAUGUAUGUUGUUAUAUUUUUCAAUAAACUUAUGGUGUAAAUUGAAA